UAUAUAUAUAUAUAUAUAUAUAUAUAUAUAUAUACGUCGAGCGAUCAUUCGUUCGUUUCAAAUUUUAUGUACGUACCUGUUAACGAUGUGUUUUGUGUGUGCGUGGGUGUAUGUAUGUUUGCAUGUGUACGUGUGUGUUCGUGUGUGUUUGUGUUAGGACGGAUUAGUGAUGGACGCUCACAACGCUGUGAGAUUAUUCAUGGAAGCCGAAGAAACGACGAAAGCGAAUUAUUUCGUUCGACAAACGUUCGUUCGAGAAAAGAUAUAUAUAUAUAUAUAUAAAAUAUAAUAAUAAUAAUAAUAAUAAUAAUAAUAAUAAUAAUAACAACCCCUAUUAACCGAAGAUGAAAAUUUUACUCACGUUUUUCUCGGUUCGACGAUAUAUCUCGCGAAAAACGAUUAUUUAUUACGUACAUAUAUACAUACGUACAUAUAUACAUAUAUAUAUGUAUAUGUAUAUGUAUUCUAAUGUUUACAAAUCGCACCAACGACCACGUUUAAUGUGUGAAUGGAAAAUUAAAACAAAAAAAGAAAAAGAAAAAAAAGAAAACGCGGAAAAUAAAAGAAACUUGGGCUUAAAUUAGAAUAAGAGAGCAAGAGAGAAAGAGAGAAAGAUAUAUAUAUAUAUAACUACAUUAAACAAAAUAAAAAAAAAAUACAAGCGUUCUAAUCGCAUACGAAUAUAAACAUAAUAAGCAUAAACGAGCAAGUGUUAAAAGGGUUAUAAAGUGGGGAGUAAAAAGAAAAAGAAAAAUAAAAAUAAAAAGAUAAAGAAAAAAAGAAACGAGAAGAAAAUAAUAAAAAAUAAAGAUCACGCUGACGUUGACAAAAUGACGACAUUCGUGAUCGAACCGAUUUAUUCGAGAUAUUUACACGAGAUAUCUUUAAUCCAGUAGCAUAUACCUAUGUACUUUAUUUUCAUAUAUAUAUAUAUAUACACAUGUAUGUAUAUAUGUAUGUAUAUAUGUAUGUAUGUAUGUAUGUAUCAUUAUUUAAAUAUAUCGCAAAAACAAAUUGGAGAUGAUAACAAAUCGACAAUUAUAUUAAAUUCGAUCAUUUGAUUUAAAUAAAUCAUAAAAUGAUUCAUAAUUUCGAUCGAUAUUGUCGGUUCGAUCGGCGAAUGACGAUGAAACAGAAAAAAAAAUGAAAAUUAAAAAAAAAAAGAGAACAAAACAAAAGAAAAAAAAACGCGUGCAAUAAAAGAAAAUAUAAACAAUAUUAAUAUCAUUAUAUACGACAUUUUUACAGCAUAUACGGAUACGAUGUAGAAAAAAAGAUUUUAGGAUAAAUUUACUUGUUGUUGUUUAGCAUAGUUAUCGUAGAAUAUAGGUAGAGCAUAUUUGCAAUAGGCAAUUUGAGAAAACGAGAAAGAGAGCGAGAGCGAGAGAGAAAGAGAGAAAGAGAGAGAGAGAGAGAGAGAGAGGAUACGAUCGUAUGAAUGAGAGGGAGAGAGAGAGAGAGAGAGAGAAAUCGUUUGAAAGAAUGAAUCUGCGAGAAGAUAAAUUUGGUAAGAUGCGUUAUAAAUAAAUAUUAAUCUAAAUGCAAAUAUAAAUAAAUAUAUAUAUAUAUACACCACAUAUAUAUGUAUAUUGUACAUAUACCUAUGUGUAUAUAUAUACAUAAUCGAAGAAAUCUAAUGAGGAAGGUGAGAUAAAAAAGAGAUCAAUGAUCGAUUUGACAGGAUUAUAUACAGAAUCUAUACAUAAUACAUACAUAUUUUAAACGUGUGCCUAUGUGCGCACGUGUGUACGUGCGCGUAUGUGCGACCACUAUUACCUCUCCCUAUUACAACCUCCCUUCCCUCCCUUCCUCUAUCAUCCUAAAUCAUCCACCAAAUUCAACCUAAUUCCAACGACCAUAUUUUAUCCAUCCAUUUGUCUAUCCAAAUACCGACAUCAUUCACCACGCACUUGCGCACAUAUCCAUAUCGCAUUAUCGUAGCCAUAUUGUGUAGGGAAUGUCUUUAAGAAAAUAAGUACGAUUUCUCAUGUUGCGUGUUAUACGAAAAUGACAAAAAUAAGAACUAGAAAGAGAGAGAGAGAGAGAAAUAGAGAGAGAGAGAGAGAGAGAGAGAGAGAGAGAGAGAGAGAGAGAGAGAGAGAGAGAUAAGGGUGUAAAAAAGGACAGUGUUCUUGAAAUAGAAAUUAAUAUAUAUAAUUUUAUCUCGUGGCUCGAGUUACUCUAUUAAUUUCUAAUGACAUUAAUAUAUCUUAUAAAAUUUUUAAUUUUUUGUAAAUUCUCUCUCUCUCUCUCUUUUUCUCUCUCCUUCUCUUUUUCUUUUUUGCAUCAUAAAAUUUGAAUAGACACCAAUCGCAUUGUGAAAUAAGAAAAGAAGAUAAACCAUGGUAUUGAACGUUGAUAUAAAGACGAAGAUUUAUAUAAAAUGAUGAUGAAAGGAAUAAGACGGUCUCUCUCUAAACGCAAAAUCCAAGUAUCGUAACUCGUUGCAAUUCGCUCGCUUUGCAACUUGUAGUUUCGCUCUGUUAGUACCUAAAUGAACAAUUCUCUUAUAUCACACUUUUACUACUUCUACUUCUACUUCUACUUCUACUUCUACUUCUACUUCUACUUCUACUUCUUCUUCUUCUUCUUCUUCUUCUUCUUCUUCUUCUUCUUCUUCUUCUACUUCUUCUUCUUAUUCUUCUUCUUCUUCUUAUUCUUAUUCUUAUUCUUAUUCUUCUUCUUCUUCUUAUUCUUAUUCUUAUUCUUAUUCUUAUUGUUCUCGCGAGUUAUCGUUCGUAUUUUCGAUUUAUGUCAAAACAGGAACAAAAAGCGAAUGAAGAAACACGUACCUCUAUCUUAAUUCUUAUUAUUUUUUUCUUUUCUUUUUUUAGCUUUGUUUUAUUUAUUUUAUACAUGUACAUAUAUAUAUUUUUUUAUUAUCUUUGGUAUACGAAAAUAAAAAAAAAUUUGUAGCAUUUUUCAUUCGAAAUCGAUCAUCAAACAACAAAAAAUAGUUAUUCACAUUUACUAAUUUAAACAAUCCGAGAGAAAACAUUAAAUCGAUUUCGUUAUUGAAUAAAAUAAUAAAAAAGAAAAAGAAAGAAAGAAAGAACAGGAUUGAUUAAAAUCGUCGACAAUAAUAUAUCGACCCGAUAUGGAAAUCAAAAAGAAAGAUCUGAAAAAAGGAAAUAAUAUAUAUUUUUCUUCUAAUCAUUCUGUUCGAUCUAAUUAUUUCGAAAAAGUUACUACGUGCAUUAAAAGAAAAACGAUUUACGAUUAAUAAAUUGCAAAACAAAACAGAACGAAAGAAAUAAAGAUAGAAAGAGAACAUACGAGAUUGGACAUAUUUUUAUUCUUAUCAGAUACUAUUCUUUCUCGAACUUCUCUUUUUACUACAUAACUGUUACACUUGCUUCAUGCGUGAAAAAAAUAACGAAAACAAAAAAAAAACAAAAAAAGAAAAAUAAAAAGAACAGGACGCUCGAACGAUUCUUAACGAAAAAUUAAUUAAUCGAUUAGCAUAUAAAUUCUUUUUCAUUCUCAUAAAUUCUAAUGAUCUAUAAAAUACGAAUAUUAUCUUUCUAAACAAUUGUCUAUUUCGACUAUUUUCACGAACCUCUUACAACUUAUCUCUUCCAGAAAAAUCAAAAAAAAAAAAGAAGAAAAAAGAAAAAGAAUUAGACGUUCGAACGAUUCUUAACGAACAGUUAAUUAAUUGGCAUCAAUUGGCAUCAAUUUUCUAUUCUCAUAAAUUCUAACGAUCUAUACAUUCACCUAAGUGAUAUUCUUUAUCACUCUUAUAAACUCUUACAAAGAAAAAUUCAAGAAGAAAAAAGAAAAGACGUUCGAAGCGAAAAAUAAAUGAAAUAAUUAAAAAAUUAGAUUCUCUCAACGCACUGGCAUCUUUUUAAUUCAAACGAUCUAUGAUCUAUGACGUUCUCUUUAUAAUAAAGGAUUAAUAUCGCGUUAUUCUAAUAUGAAAUGUCGCGUUAUUCGAAAGACAUGAUUCGAAUGAACGACUCGUAAUCAGAUCGUACUUAUAUUUACAAUACAUUAUGCUUUUUAAAAACGAAAUGAAACGAAAUAAAAAAAGAAGAAAAACAAAAAAGAUAUUAGCGAAAAAGUCGCCGUUGUUACGAUCAUUAAUUAAUUAAAUAAAUAAUAAUUUAAUUAAUUAUUUAAUUAAUUAAUUAAUUACAAAAGAAUGAACACUAUUUAAGGAGAGAAAAAAGAGAAAAAAGAAAGAAAAGAAAGAAGGACAAAAAAAAAUGUAUUAUAUUAUUACUAAUACCAAUGGAAACCAGCACACAGAUUUCUUUCGUCUCCGUUAUUGACUACCGUUAUUACUACCGCCAUUAAUUAUCGUUGUUGUUGUUGUUGUUGUUGUAAAGUAACGUCGAUUGGACUGCGUACUGAUUAAAAGAAGAAAACGAGAGUAAGAGAGAAACGAAGAAAGAAAGAGAAAUAGAGAUUUUAUAUAUAUAUAUAUAUAUAUAUAUAUAUAUAUAUAUUUAUUUAUUUAUUCAUUUAUAUAUGUAUGUAUGUAUGUAUGUAUGAAUGUAUGCAUGUAUGAAUCUAUAAAUUCAGUCCCUUGAUUCAUCGAGACUCGAAAAAUCUUUUCUCUUUCCAUCUACAUACGUUGCUACGAGAGUCUCCACGUUUGUUCAUCGAUGGUGCUUCAUUUUGAAAGAGGAAAGCGAUAUAAAAAAGAAAAAAAAGGAGGGAACAAAAGAAAGAAGGGAGAGAUGGAGAGAUAGAACUUGACCUCUCUCUCUCUUUCUCUUUUUCUAUCUCUUUUUCUCUCUCUUUCUUUCUAUCUAUCUGUCUCUCGUUUUCUUUCUCUUUAUCUCUCUAUUUCUCCCUCUUUCUGCCUCUUUCUUUCUCUCUUUUAAACAAGGAAAAAGAUACACGAGAACAUAUACGUUGAUCAUAAAAAGGAAAAAACUUUGCAAAGUUCUUCUCUUAAAAGGAAAUAUGUUACAAAAAAAAUAAUAAUAAAAAAGAAAGAGGGAGAGAUAAAAAUGUAUAUAAAAACAAUGAUGAUAAUGAGAUAAUUAUGUUAUUAUAAUAUAAUUGAAUGCCUGCAGGACAGGAUUCAAGAUUGUAAGAAGAGACUCGUUUUUUACUUCUUUUUUCUGUUUUUUUUUCUUUUUUUUUUUUCUAUACAUCUCUGUUUUUCUUUCUCUCUUCUUUUCUCUUGUUUUUCUCUUUCGAAUACGUUCGUCAAAUUGUCCACUGCCUGAAUUCAACGAACGUCUUAACUCUUUUCCGAAAAAAAGAGGAGGAAAAGAAAGGGCUUGCAUUAUUCGUGGAAAUUAAAAAACCAAAAGAAAAAGAAGAAAAGAAAAGAACGGGUAGUUCGAUCGAGCGGAUAAAAUUUUGUAGAUCCUAUCUAAAGACGAUCAAUCGAUCGAGAGAGAAAUGAUUACGAGGAAAGGAUAUAAAAAGAAAUGAAAAAAAAUAAGAAAAAUAAUGAAGGAAAAGAAAAAAAGAUGUUAGAAAAAGUCCAAGAAAAUGCUUCGUGCCUUCUUGCUCGAGUUCAACCAAUAAUUUUUAUAUAUUUCUUUUUAUUUUUAAUUUUAUUUUUUUUAUAUUCAUAUACGUAUAUAUGUAUAUGUGCAUAUAUGUAUAUAUAUAUAUAUAUAUAUAUAUAUAUAUAUUCAUUUUUGUUGGCUGACAUCUUAUAAAACGUUCGAAAAAAUUCUUUUAUAUAUUAGAUUAUUUUUCUCUAAUUACGUUAUUCUUCUUUACGUUUCCAUGUUUCCUUUGUUUCAUUGUAUACGAAAAAUGAUAUAAAACAGAAAAAUAGAAAAAGAGAGAGAAAUAGAGAAAAAGAAAGAGGAAGAGAAAGAGAAAAAGAGAGAGAGAGAGACAGAAAAUAAUUUGGUUGAAAAAAUUUAGUUAAUUUACUUUUUGACUAUAAUAGAAAAAGAAAAGAAGAAGAAAGAAAAACCGAACCGAGAAAAAACGAUAUAUAUAUUAAGAUUAGUUUUAUCGAACAAAUUCGAAUCAAACAUCAAGCAACGAUUUUAUGACUUUACGAGUAAAAAACGUAAAUUCAGAUUUUUGAUCACCGAUAAUUCGUUUCGAAUGCCACUUUCGGUUCCUGGAUCAUUAGAAAACUGACGAUAGAUAGAUAAAUAAUAAUUAUAUAUAUAUAUUAUAUAUAUGUAUACAUAUAUACAUAUACAUAUAUAUAUAUAUAUAUGUGUGUGUAUAUAUACAUACACACAUAUUUCGUAAAAGUGGCCACGCGAAAAUAAUUGUAAUGGCGAAAAUAAGCUUUUUCAAGGAGUACUUAAACCAAUAAAAGCUUGUUUAUCGUGUACGUGUUUUUUAACUUACGGCGAUUAGAAAAAAAAUAGAGAAAAAUAGAGAAAGAAAAAAGAGAAGAAAGAAAGAGAGAGAAAUAGAGAGAAAGAAAGAAAAAGAGAGAGAGAGAAAUAAUUGUAGUACACGAUUGAAGAUAGUGACUAUCGCAUGCGGGUCAACGAUGCGGCCAUCAUCCAUAAACCUUUUUCAUAAGCAUUUAUAUACAUAUUUUUAUUUCUAACGUUACAGUCGACAAAUGUAAUGGUAUUAGAUUCCGUUUGAUACCUAACUAUACUCUUCUCCUCGAAAUAUAUUUUUUUUUUUCUAUUUAUUUAUUUAUUUAUUUAUUCAUUCAUGUAUUUAUUUAUGUAUUUAUGUAUUUAUAAUCAAUUUUCUAUUACUUUUUAUUUAUUGAUUUAGAUUUAUAUUUAUUUUCUUUUUCCAUUUGUUUCAUCAGGUGUUAGCAGACACGAAACAAAACGAAACGUAACGAAACGAAACGAAACGUUAAUGAAAUAAAACGUUGGAAAUGAAAAAAUCGUUAGAUCAUCUUUGAUUGCAUUUAAGACGAAUUCGCGUUUCGAAUCCUCGACGGAUCGAAAAAGAUAACUCUCGUUUACGUUCGAAUUUAUCCGUGACACUCCUCACGGCUCACAAAGAGCCGAUGGAAAAGUCUGCGGGUCGGCUUUAUCGAUCAUUACCACACACACACACAUACAGAGAUAUAUGAUGCAUUAUUCCGUACCAAGUACGGUUAGAGUUAUCGAGUAAUUUAUUAUAGAAUUAAAAUCAACUGUAUUGCGAGAAUAACGGAGCACGAAACGAAGAAAGGCCUGUAUCGACCAUCUUGAACCCUUAACCCUAACUUCUCCCAAACCCUCCUUUUCUCCUGCUAUAUUCUCCUCAACCUCAAACUACCCUCCCUUUCCACUAACCACAUAACCACCACCACCACCACCACCUCAGCAUACACACGCGUUUUCCUUCCAUUCCUUUUUACCUCCCACCCUCAUUCCACCCCUUUAACUCCAUCUCCUAUUCCCCUUCCGACCUCCACCCCUCUCCCACCGACCUUUAUCCUCGUUUAAAGAAGAUAAGAAAAGAAAGAAGAAAAAGGAAAAAAAAAUGAAAAUAAAAAAAAUAUGUAAGGAAAAACUUCCCAUCAAGUCCCGUUCUUGUAUUCGUCCUUCUCCGCCAUCCUCCGACAAGACAACAUAUUGUAAUCUAUUGUAGAUUGUUGUAGAUAAAUUAUACGGUUUCACCGUACAUUGUUACUUUUUGUCGACAAUAUAAAAUACACAGAUAUAUAAGUAAA